AUGGACGGCGCGUCGCCGCUGGAGCAGUACCUGGAGCACUGCGGAGGGCAAUUCAAGGAUGACCUCUCAAGUAGUCCUCAGCUGUUUACUCCCAUGAGCCCUUAUGGUGUAGACCUUCCAAUUCAAACAACUGAAGAUGUGUUGUUUGGUUCUCAAUUUAAUCAGCCCAAAGAGCUUCCUACAGACUUCUCUGUGGAUCUCAGCUUUCUUCCAGAUAUUACCCAAGAUAACAAGCAACAAAAUCUAUCUGAAUAUGGUCAUGAAACACAAAAGGAGCUUGAUGGGUCAGUAUCAAGAAAUGAGGACAGCAGUGUCUUCAUGGAUGAAAGCAGCUUGUCCUAUCCAGAUGCAACUCAACCAUCUCCUGAAGCAUCUGGCACGUGUCCUCCAAUGACACCAAUGACUCCUAUGACACCAGUAACACCUGCAUCAGAAAGCUCUGGCAUAGUUCCUCAGUUGCAGAAUAUAGUGUCGACUGUAAACUUGGCUUGUAAACUAGAUCUGAAGAACAUAGCUCUGCAUGCCAGAAAUGCAGAGUAUAACCCAAAGAGGUUUGCUGCUGUCAUCAUGAGAAUCAGGGAACCACGAACAACAGCCCUCAUCUUCAGUUCUGGAAAAAUCGUCUGCACAGGAGCAAAAAGUGAAGAGCAAUCGCGGCUCGCAGCCAGGAAGUAUGCACGUGUGGUGCAGAAACUUGGGUUCCCUGCCAAGUUCCUGGACUUUAAGAUACAGAAUAUGGUUGGGAGCUGUGACGUGAGGUUCCCCAUCCGGCUGGAAGGCUUGGUUCUCACUCACCCGCAGUUCAGCAGCUAUGAACCUGAACUAUUUCCUGGCCUUAUUUAUAGGAUGGUCAAACCGAGGAUAGUGCUGCUUAUCUUUGUGUCUGGAAAAGUUGUACUGACUGGAGCAAAAGAGCGUUCUGAAAUCUACGAGGCAUUUGAGAACAUCUACCCCAUUCUAAAAGCUUUCAAGAAAGCAUCAUAA